AUGGCAUCCCGCGUCCUUCAUCCUUCAGCCAAAUUCAAUUCCCUCUGCCGUCUCGGAUCUACUCCCAGGUCGCCAGUAAGCCCUAUCUCGCGCAUAAUUACCCCUCCUUCAUCCACUCGAACAUUCUCAUUCUCUUUGCAACGCCCCUUUCAAUCUACCAAGUACGUCAUGUCCACCGACGCCCUCAUCCAGGCCGCUCAGAACAGGCACUCCAUCUACAAGCUGGGCAAGAACAGCCCCGUCCCCGAUGCAAAGAUCGAGGAGCUUGUCAAUGCCGCCAUUUUGAACGUCCCCAGCUCUUUUAACACCCAGUCCACUCGCCUGGUUAUCCUUCUGCACGACCAGCACGACCGUCUGUGGGAUAUCGCCGCGGAAGCCUUCCGCGAGCGCGUGGCUGCUGGCUCUCUCGCCGAAGAGGUUUGGAAGAACCAGACCGAGCCCAAGCUGCAGGGGUUCAAAAAUGCCUAUGGCACUAUUCUCUUCUACGAAGACCCUGCACACAUCAAGCCUUUCCAGGAAAAGUUCCCGGCCUACAAGGACCAUUUCGAGCCCUGGGCUGUCCAGUCCAAUGCGAUGCACCAGUACUUCCUUUGGACUGCUCUCGAGACCCUCGGGUUUGGCGCCAACCUGCAGCACUACAAUCCUCUUAUCGAUGCCCCGGUGGCCAAAGAAUGGAGCCUGCCCACUGAAUGGCGGCUGGUUGCGCAGCUGGUCUUCGGUAGCCCCGAGGCUGAGGGUGCAGAGAAGCCUAAGAAGCCCGUCGAGGAGCGCGUCAAGUUCUACGGUAAACAGUAG